CGAAAACACCUGUGACCGGCGAUCCGAGAAGCUCUCUUUCUCGUUCUUACAUCUAUUUUGUUCCAUUGCAUUUGCAGCAAGCAAGACAUCAUGAAGAUUCAGGGCCGCACAUUCAUCGUCUCCGGAGGCGCUUCGGGUCUCGGUAAGGGCUGUUGCAUUGAGAUCGUAGCCCAGGGUGGCCACGUCGCUGUUCUCGACCAAAACGAAGAAAAUGGACUCGAAUUCGUCGCCGAGAUUGGUGCAGGUGCCAAGUUCUUUGAAUGCGAUGUGCUCAGCAGCGAUAGCGUCGCCAAGGCCGUCGAGGGAGCUUCCGCAUGGGCCAAGCAGACUGGCAAGCCUGUUGCUGGUGCCAUCUGCGCCGCUGGAGUUUCUCUGCCCGCCGCUAUCCUCGAUCGCAACGGCAACCCCUUCGACCUCGGCGACUUUGAAUUCGUCAUGGGCGUCAACGUCCGCGGCACCAUCGAUCUUGCUCGCCAGACCUGUGCCGAGAUUGUCAAGAACUCUCCCUUCCCUGCCUCCGAGGACCGCGGCAUCAUCAUCAUGGUUGCUUCGUCUGCUGCAUUUGAUGGCCAAAACGGCCAGGUCUCCUACUCGGCCAGCAAGGGUGCCAUUACCGCCCUCACGCUGCCUCUGGCUCGCGAUGUUGGCCGCCACGGUAUCCGCGCCGUGACCAUUGCACCUAGUUUGUUCGAGACGCGCAUGACGAGCGUCAUGUCCGACAAGGUUCGCCAGAGCCUCGAGAAGACCUUUGUCUUCCCCAAAAGAGCUGGUCGCCCAGACGAGUUUGCUGCCACCGCCAGACACUGCAUUGAGAAUGAGAUGUUGAACGGCACUGUUAUUCGCUUGGAUGGUGCUACGAGAAUGACUAAGAUGUAAAGUACGCUAAUGGUAGUGGUUUUUCUAUUUCUUCGCUAUAGAUAGCAUAAUCAAAAUGAUAUUCGUUUCAUGCCCCUG